CCAACACACACAUAAAUGAAGUGGAAUUAAUUUACAACAAAAAAAAAUAAAAAAAACAGAAGAUUGUCAAAAUCAAUUGAAAUCGAAAACAAAAAAUUUCUUUUUUUAAUAAUUUCUCAAUAGAUUAACAAUCAUAAAUAUCUUACACUUGCAAUGAGUUUAAUUCCAAAAUUCUAACUCACUACAACUCUUGACAAAUCAAUUCCAAUUAAACCCAACAAUCGAAUCAAAACAUAAACAUACGAUAACAAAUUAACAGUUCAAAGGCCACAUUCCAUCAAACUGGCUUCACACAAAACUACCAAUAUGCGUCGAACGAAUUACUCCUACCAACCGCUUCCUCAAAAUCCCGGUCCAAGUCGUCUAAAUCAAGAUUCCCUCGAAGAAGAAAACGAAAGAGCUGCCGCUGAAUUACAACAAAAAAUCGGCGCUCUCAAAUCACUCACAAUUGACAUUGGCAAUGAAGUUCGUUACCAAGACAAAUUGGUGCGUGGAAUUGACGAUGACAUGGACAGAACUGGUGGCUUUUUGGGCACAACAAUGACACGAGUCAUUCGCCUGGGGAAACACGGCGGAACCAAACAUAUGUGUUAUAUGUUUCUAUUUGUUUUAUUUGUCUUCUUUCUGCUUUACGUUGUGAUAAAACUAAAGUGAUGAUCAAGUUGCUCUCAGAGCGACGAGAAGGGGUUAAAUCAAUUUAUUUACAAGGUUUUCUGUUUUUAUAAAAUAAAAAUAAAACUCAAAGUUUC